CGCAGGGGCUCCGUGGCCGUGUCCGGGGACGGGAGCCGGCGCGGGUCCCCGGCCUCCAUCCUGGACUCGGCGGAGAUCCUGCCCGGUCGGGGCCGGAGGGACUCGUCCCUGCCGCGACGAACCUCGGCCGUCUUCGACACGGAUCAGGUCCGAAAAGGCCUCGUCAACGGCGACCUAAAAUCCGGCGCCGCCACCCUGGACGUGACCGGCCGCCACUCGGCCCACGAGCGCCGCCCCUCCGCGCCCGAGGCCCUCCGCCGCCGGGGCAGCGGGGUCGACCUCAUCCCCCGCCCCGCCUCCGAGGAGCGCAAGGCCUCGCUCGACAGUCGGACGAGGGAGUUGCAGCAGGCGGCGCUGCUCGUGCCGGAGCCAGAGACUUUUUUUCAGAGUCCUGCCCUUCCCAUCACGGAAGCGUUCCCAUCGAAGACCCGAACCGGGAAUCCAAAGCGAGGGAAUCCCGACAGGAAAUCCCAAGCAGGGAAUCCCGACAGGAAAUCCAAAGCGAGGGAAUCCGACGACUUGUUCCGGCAAGGCGACGUGGGGAAAUCCUGGUACAUCAUCAUCCGCGGAUCCGUGAACGUGGUGAUCCAGGGCAGGGGCACCGUCACCACCCUGGGCGAGGGCGACGACUUCGGCAAGCUCGCUCUGCUCAACGACGCUCCCAGGGCGGCGACGAUCGUGCUCCGCGAGGAGAACUGCCACUUCCUCCGCGUGGACAAAGAAGACUUCAACCGGAUCCUCCGCGACGUGGAGGCGAACACCGUCCGCCUGCAGGAGCACGGCAAGGACGUGCUGGUGCUCGAGCGGGUGCAGGAGGCGCUCGACUCGCAUCACAGGUACUCCGUGGUGGCCGGGACACCCGGGAAGAUGGUGGAACACCUCCUCGCCACCCGGCUGGGGGAGUCGGUGGACUGCGACGGCGUGCCCUCCCCGGCGUCGCCCUCCUGCGACGGUGACGUCACGACCACCGACCUCUUCCUCGACGACUUCUUCCUCACGCACGUCCUCUUCAUGCCGCCCUCCGAGCUCUGCGACGACGAGGACGAUCCGGAGGGGAAGACGAAGUGCAGGAAGAGAGUGGUGCACUUCGUGUACGCGUGGGCGUCGAUCGUGCAGGAUCCGAUGUUCCAGGAGUCGUCGGUGCUGAUGCUGGUGGAGGAGGUGGGGCGGUGCCUGAGGGAGGACCUGCUGGGGAGGCCGGGACUGGAGCUGGAGGAGGAGAGGAAGCUGAUGGAGGAGGUGGAGGACGCGGCGAGGAGACACGCGGAGGCGUGGGCGUCGGAGGCGGAGACGGUCGUGUCGGGGAUGGGGGUGGUGCCGGUGGGGAGCGCGAGGAAGUGGAAGCUCCCGCCGGGGGGGCAGCCGAUCUGCCUGUUCAGGCCGGGCAGUGCGUCGCAGGAGGGGGGGGACGACGUCGCCGCGGCUGCGAGGAUCAUGAGGGCCACCGACGACAUCAUCUUCCGGGUGCACUGCGCCGACCACACGUACUGCACCCUCCGCUUCCCCCUGGCCGCCCCCGCGGAUAUCAUCAAGCGGUCCGCCGCCGACAAGCUCGGCAUCAAGCAGGACGACCUCCUCCUCGUCGAAGUCAAGUCCUCAGGAGAGCGCGUGGUGAUCCCGGAGCACAGGACGUGCGUGGCGACGGGCCUCAGCCUCAACGGAGCCCUGUUCAUCUCGCCCAAGGAGCACCUGGAUGCCUUGACGCCGGUGACGGAGCAGCUGGAGGCGAACGACCUGGAGGGGACCUGGAGCUUCCUGGAGGGGGCGAACAGCCAGGAGUUGGCGUAUUGGAUCACCCUCACCGAUUGGGAGCGGUUUCAUACCAUUCAUCCGUACGAGCUGCUGUACAAAGUGGCGGAGACCGAGUCAAACCUGACCACGGCCCAGUGCACGGCCAACCUGGACGUCUUCCUCCGCCGCAGCUCCGAGCUCCAGUACUGGGUCGUGACGGAGCUCGUCCUCUGCUCCAAUCUCUCCAAGCGGGCGCAGCUCCUGCGCAAGUUCAUCAAAGUGGCCGCACACUGCCAGGAAUACGGGAACAUGAACGCCUGCCUGGCCGUGGUCGGGGGCCUGGGGAACGGCGCCAUCACGCGCCUCACGCACACCUGGGAGAAACUCCCGGCCAAGAUGAGGAAGGUCUACGCGGACCUGGAGGCCCUCACCGACCCGUCCCGCAAUCACCGCCGGUACCGCGCACACCUCGGUGCCCUCCAGCCUCCCGUCAUCCCCUUCAUGCCUCUCCUACUCAAAGACAUGACCUUCGCCCACGAGGGGAACCAGACGUUCCUGGACGGGCUGGUGAACUUCGAGAAGAUGCAUCUCCUCGCCGUGAGCCUUCGGAUGCUGCGCGCCUGCCGGGCCAGGCCAUUCAACGCGACCCCACCCCCGGCAACGAAAAGCGACUCGGAGAUCCGCGCCUACGUCACCUCCAUGCGCGUCAUCGACAACUCCAAGAUCCUCACCCAACUCUCCAACAAGAUCGAGCCACGAAGGUAGUGCCGUCGCCUCCACACGACCAAGCCAAAUCGUCAUUCCCUCUUGUGAUAUUCCCCUCAUCGUUAUCCUCCUCCUCCUCCUCUUCCCACCUCCCUCCCUCCACCCUCUCUUUAAAAACCAAGGUGACGUUUCUGUGAUGCUCUCAUAAUCAAAUCAUUUCCUCCCAUAUCAACGCUCGUCGUCAUAUCGCUUCGACGUCCCUCCGUGUAGGAUCGGUGUGACCAGGACCCAAAAAGUUAUCGUAAAAAUCACUGCUGCGUUCGGAAGGAACCAGAAGGGAUUGCUUGGACAAUCAUGACGACUCGCUUUGAGGAUAAAAAAUCUUUUAAAUUUAGGAUCUCUCCCAGCCUGUGUAGAGGCAUCACUGGAUCCAGUGUUGCCAGAGUGUUCGUGUCCCGAAAUCCACCCCGUAGUUCACGAGACAACCCUCCGAGACGACCUCGUGCCUUCCCUUACCCGAAAAAACCCCGCCGCUCUUUCUCGUUCUACAUUUCUCAUCACGACCAUAUCUAUUUUAUCAAGUUUUUUGCAUCUCGUCAUCCUCCUCCUUGUUGUUGGUUGUUGCCGUGAACGAGAGUGAACGAGUUGCCCAUUCCGCCGAGUCUUUCCUUUCGACCUCGCACAUACCCUCGAGCUGCAAAAAUAUCGAAUUAUCAUACCGAAAUGUCGAGAAAACGAAUUCCAUUACAAUCGUUGGAAAAGAGA